AUGGCUGCGGAGCUUGUAAGUUCUGCAACUAGUGAAAAGCUAACUGAUGUGGACUGGGCCAAGAACAUUGAGAUCUGUGAAAUAGCCGCUCGAGAUGAAAGGCAAGCCAAAGAUGUUAUCAAGGCUAUAAAAAAACGGUUGGGAAGUAAGAACCCAAAUAGUCAAUUAUAUGCUGUCCAGUUGCUGGAGAUGUUGAUGAACAAUAUUGGAGAGAAUAUUCACAAGCAGGUGAUAGAUACCGGUCUUCUCCCGACACUUGUGAAGAUAAUAAAGAAAAAAUCGGACUUGCCUGUAAGAGAGAGGAUUUUUCUCCUCCUUGAUGCAACUCAAACCUCUCUUGGUGGCAAUUCAGGGAAAUUCCCUCAGUAUUAUACAGCAUACUACGAUUUGGUGAACGCAGGAGUUAAAUUUCCUCAGAGACCAAAUUCUACACCACCAGUUGUGGUCACCGCACAAGCUGUUCCGAGAAAUACACUCAAUGAACAACUUGCAUCUGCUAGAAAUGAUGUGCCUCCAACUACUCAACAGCGAGAAUCUCAAACUUCCUCUCCCUCUAGCAUUUUGCAAAAGGCUAGUACUGCAAUGGAAGUUUUGAAGGAAGUGCUUGACGCAGUUGAUUCUCAAAAUCCUGAGGGGGCGAAAGAUGAGUUUACUCUUGAUCUUGUUGAGCAGUGUUCAUUUCAGAAAGAGCGUGUGAUGCACCUCGUCAUGACAUCAAGGGAUGAAAGAGCAGUUUCUCUAGCAAUUGAUUUGAAUGAGCAGCUUCAGAGAGUUCUCAAUAGACAUGAAGGAUUGCUGUCUGGUAAAAUCACAGCGCCAGGCAGGUCUACCACGUCCAAUGGUUAUCAUUCCAAUCUUGAACCUGUCCGUCCUACUUCAAACGGUCACCGGAAAGUCGAGCUAAAGGCUUCAAAUGCAAAAACUGAAUCAAGCAGCUCCCAUCUUAAGCUUGAGGAAGAAGAUGAGGAAGAGGAGCCUGAGCAGUUAUUCAGAAGAUUGAGAAAAGGGAAAGCUAGAGCAAGGCCUGAGGAUGAAGAAGAGCCAUCACCUCCACAAGGCUUACCUGGAUCAGCAAUCCAUAGCGAAAGACUGCACCGUCCACUUAUCCGUCCUUUACCAUCAGAGGAGCGAUCACGCGGUGGUGGUGAUAGCAAUUCGCAGUCCCCACCUGUUGUGAUUCCACCACCACCUGCAAAACACGUUGAGAGGGAGAAAUUCUUCAAGGAGAAGAAAGUGGACGGUGCCUCCGGUUUACCAGGUCAUAUGAGAGGCCUUUCUUUGCAUAGCCGCGAUGGAAGCAGCUCACGCAGUGGAAGCGUAGACUUCAGUGAGUGA